UCAUCUCUAAACCUCAUACAUAAGAUCCAGUGACAGCGGAGACAGACUACAACCACAGUCAGCUCUUUCUCCUUUUCCCUACUUAUCAGUUUUUUUGGAAAACCACAUGUAGCUUCAAAAACUGUAAUUCUGGGUUUUGCAAAGCUGUAUUCUGGUGAAAUACAACAGACGGUGUAAUCUGAGAAUCUGAUGAAUUGUACAAGAGUGCUCCCUGCGUUGGGCGGUCACCCCCAACCACCCAUGAUGCCAGUUGACCUCGCCAUGUGUCUGAGUCUGAGCCAGCGAGAGCCUCUUUAUCAGCUGCUCUCCAUGUCUCCUCUGAGACCCACUCAGCCUCUUUGCCAGUCCACCGACUACCCACAGAAGACCGCCGUUUAUUCUCCAUAUUAUUCCUCCACUUCAUCCUCCUCCUCCUCCUCAUUGCUGCCAUCCUCUCCUUCACCCUCUGUCCUUCGGAGCUGCAUCCAGAGGGAGUCCAGUGCCGGUUCAAAGAAGCGUGUGGUCUUCGCAGAUGCCAAGGACUGCCGCUUACUGCUGUACGACUUUUCACCACUGAACCCUCAUCCCCGACUUCCACGCUCGAUGAAACCCUCAGGAGUGAAGCUACAAAGCCAACAGCUAACCUCACAAAAACUGCAGCACUAUAAGCUAAGACUGGGCUUCCAGCAGCCAACACUUGACUUUAACGCCCUCCUCGCACGUCUCCGAGACAUGCGGGUUCAACUGGAAAGCUGCAGCCUUUCGGAGAACCAUCUGAGCGGCAAAGUGCGGGUCUCCCAUGCAAGUUAUGAACAAUCUGUGCAUGUGAGAAUGACCUUUGACUCUUGGCGGAACCAUCAUGACAUUCCCUGCACCUUCUUACAGCAGCAGCGCUGUGGAGUUUUUAAUAUGGAUAUUUUUUCCUUUGACUUCAGUCUGCCACAGAAUUUAGAUCCAAGGGACAGAAUAGAGUUCUGUGUGUGCUUUAGACCUGAACCUGGUGCAACACUACACUGGGACAACAACAAGGGCCAGAACUACAGAGUUCUCAUGGAAAAAGACGAACUGAAGGGCAACCAGGGCGAUGCUAUCCACGGGUGCCCAACACUUUCCAAAUAUCGCCCACCAUCCUGGCCUUCACAUCUGGCCUCCCUCGGCUUGCACACCUCUGCAGAGUAUCUCAAGAGGAGUUUGUCGAACAGAGUUGGAGCAGAGUGGAGAACUCUGUGUUCGGUUAAAUAGAACUGAAAACAUGUAAAUAAUGACACUGAGUUGAAUAUCAGAGGGAGAGUUAGAGAUUUUAGGAAAGUAUGGAUUUUUCGGUCUGUGCCUGCUGUUUUAUAAUGAGCUCACCCUCCUGAGCUCGACUCCCCUGCUGAAACGUGAAUGAUAUUAAUGCAUUGAUGUUCUGAUUAAAUCCAUUUUAAAACA